GUACUGUAUGUAGUGCUUUGCUUCCUCGCUCUCCCUCAUCUGUCGUCGACUCGUCGGGAAACCAAGAAAAAGGGCGAACCGCUCCUCACUCAGGGCGGAGGGAAUCGGUGCUUCCUGAUGUGUUAAUCCCACACUUUCUGGCCGGAGUAGUGAAAAUUUUACUUUAUGGCAACUCCACCGCCACCGGCGGCCCCGCCGGGGAUCGCGAAUUUUGAGGGGGGACCGCCGCCGGCAGCGCCUCAGCCUCCAGGCACGGACAUGACCGGAAUUUGCUUCAGAGACCAGCUCUGGCUCAAUACUUACCCUCUUGAUCGCAAUUUGGUUUUUGAUUACUUCGCCUUGUCCCCUUUCUACGACUGGACUUGUAACAACGAACAACUCAGAAUGCGCUCCAUUCACCCCCUUGAUCUCUCUCAACUUUCAAAAAUGACAGGUACAGAGUACAUGCUGAAUGAAGUUAUGGAGCCUCACCUUUUCGUUUUCCGAAAGCAAAAGAGGGAUGGCCCUGAGAAAGUCACACCAAUGCUGACUUACUAUAUCUUGGAUGGUUCAAUUUACCAGGCGCCUCAGCUUUGCAAUGUUUUUGCUGCCCGAGUUAGCCGGGCGCUAUAUUACAUAUCGAAGGCCUUUACCACUGCUUCCUCAAAGUUGGAGAAGAUCGGAUAUGUUGAUUCUGAAAAUGAGAGUGAAGAAGUCAAACCUGGAAAAGAGACCAUAAACUUUAAGGAAGUAAAGCGAGUUGAUCAUAUUCUUGCAUCAUUACAGCGCAAGCUGCCACCUGCUCCACCACCCCCACCAUUUCCUGAAGGAUAUGUUCCUGCUCCCACAGCAGAGGUAGAAAAAGGCCCUGAAAACCAGCCAGCAGAAUUGCAACAGCCUUCAGCAGAUCCCAUUAUUGAUCAGGGCCCAGCUAAAAGGAUGAAAUUUUGAAGAGUUUACGCUACGUUGUUGUUUAUCCGAGUUGAGAAAUAUAUUUAAGCCUGGAAUCGAACUUUAACCCAGAGCCGAGCAAGUUUCUGGAUUAUUGAAACCAGGAGACAGAAACCAAAGUCUGAGGAAGGAGAAUCAUUUCAAACAUGAGUCCUCCCCUCAAGGUUAGUAGAUAAGAUACCUUGUAUUUUAGCAACUUUAUAUACAAUACUUAGCUGGUUAGCUGAUGAAUUUAUUGUUUUUGCAUUAACUUGUGCUACAUGACUGUCAAUAUACGCAUGAUUUUCUGGUUUUGAUAGCUACAACUGAUACACGUACACCAUUUCUUUA